AUUUAAUUUACGAGAAGAAAAUUUGAAUUAAGAUGGAUUCAGAAGGUAUGGAAGACAGCAAGAUAGAUCAAGAAGAAUUUAGCGCAGUAUCUAUCGAAGGAAGUUCCCUAAAAGAAGACAGUAGUGUAGAGAGCUACAUUGCCAAGGGCAGGAACAAAAAUAUUGAACAACCGACAUCUGAAAAGAAUAUCGGACACUAUGUGCUCGGAAGAGCAAUUGGACAAGGUACUUUCGGUAAAGUCAGAAAUGGUACACACAUUAUAACAGGAGAGAGGGUGGCUGUCAAAAUAUUGGAGAAAUAGCAAGAUCAGAGAUGACAACGAUGUCAAUAGAAUUGUGAGAGAAAUUAAAAUUUUAAAAUCUGUCAGACACCCUAAUGUCAUCCAGCUUUAUGAAAUCAUUGAGACUGAGAAUCAACUGUAUCUCAUCAUGGAAUUUGCUGAUGGUGGUGAACUCUUUGAUCUGAUCGUGGAUAGACAUAAACUACGAGAAGAGCUUGCCUGCCAAUAUUUUAGAAGUCUUGUAUUUGGUCUCAAAUAUAUUCAUAGCCUGAAUGUAUGCCACAGAGACCUUAAACCAGAAAAUCUUCUAUUAGAUGCCUCUAAGGACCUUAAGAUCGUUGAUUUCGGAUUAUCAAAUGCUUAUAAAGUAAAAGGCAAAGAUUUACUAAAAACAGCUUGUGGAUCCCCUUGUUAUGCAGCUCCUGAAAUGAUUGCUGGGAAGAAAUACCAUGGUGACAGAGUAGAUGUUUGGAGCUGAGGAGUUGUCCUUUACGCUAUGGUUUGAGGAUACCUCCCUUUCGAAGAUCCGGUUACCAAAAAACUGUAUAAGAAAAUUAUGACUGCAGAUUAUGAGCUUCCAAGAUUUAUUUCAAAUGGUGCUAAAGACUUGAUCAACAAGAUCCUGAAUGUCGAUGAGGACGAAAGAUAUACAAUUUCAAAUAUAAUGAACCAUCCCUGGUUUAACAGAGUGUCAACAUUCCCAUGGCCACUUUCAUCGAUAAACGGAGACUUACAAGAAGAAGAUAUCCAGGAAUUCCUGCUUGGUGAAUCAUGAGGAGGCGUAAAUGUCGAUAAGAAGCCUGUACCCAUAAAUAAGGAAAUAAUAUCCGUUUUGAAAGAUUAUGGAUGCAACCAGCAAUAUGCUGAGAAAUGAGUGCAGAUGAAUAAGCAUAACUCUGUCACAAGCACUUACUACCUUCUCCUUAAACACAAGAAAGGAGAAUGCCUGAAGGAAUUUGAGCGACAAGGCAAAAAGUUCAAUAAAUAUUACGAGGUGUGUAAUGAAAAGCAGGAAUUAAUAGAUCUUCUCAUGAAUUAUGAACCCACUAAGAAACGGGAAAAACCUAAGUCAAAAAUUAUUGAGAUUUCACAUAAGCCGAUUCUUGAAGAUUUUAAGGAAAGGGAUCCACUAGCUAGUGCUAAGAUUAAUAAUAUUGAAAUUAUCCCGAAGGCUAAGUCAAAUCAGAGGAGGGUUAAGAAGAAACAAGACGUGUCCAUGGAGUAUAAGACCAUCAAUCAUACAGAUAUUUCAAAUUUAAAUGAAAUUGACGAGUCAGAUUUUCAUACUGUUGACUAUAAUAUGUCAGCCAACACUAGAAAUGUUGGGAACUUACAGAAUGGGACUAAUACUAUUGCCAGUUCUAAAGGUCGGACUAAGAAUAUUACUUACAUUAAAAGUAGAAGGACAGGUAGCACAGAUUGUACAAACACAAAACUUAACAAAAAGGAGAUUCAGAGAAUCUCUAAUUUCGAGAAAAAGGUCGCUGUUGAUCUGGAUACAAUGAAUGAGGGUGAAAUAAUUGUAUCAAAUAGAGGAAAUGUUCCUCAGAAGAACUCUCCCUCACCUUCACCAGUGAAAUAUAACAUUGAGCCUUCUAAAAAUAAACCUUUUGAUAUAAAUUACUUAUUAAAGAAAGGAAAUUAUGAAUCAGUGAAGAACAAGAAGCCAUGUAACUUCAUAUUCAAACAACCUGAAGAGAUGGCUAAGUUAGAUUAUAUUUUAGCCAAAAAGAACUCUAAAAAUAAGUCACAGACUAAGUUCGUGAUCAGGAAGGGUGGAAAGGAAUACUUCAUCAAAGGUGUACCACAGUUACAAAAUCUCAAGAAAAUAAAAGGUUCUAGAGAAAAAUAGGGCAUUUGUAAACACAACUAUCGGUUCGACUUCAAAUAACACCCAUAACGAGGUUCUAAUUAGUAAAAGUGUCGAUUCUAGUAAAAAUGAUAACAGAGUGAAGCAGAAUUUUGAGACUGAGCGGAUCAGCAAGCAAGGAUUCCACUACAAUCAGUUCAAGACCUUUUAUGCUGCCAAUCCCACCUACACCAAUAAUAUCGAGAAGGAGAUACGGAAUAAGAUCCAGCGCAAAGCACGUAUGAAGAUCCAGAAUGCCAAGAUGAACGACUCAAAAGAAAGAAACGUAAGAGACUCCCCAUAUGUGAGUAGAUCUAAUGGGAAAAAUCAAAAAGGAAAAGUAGUAUAUAAUAAGGAAGACAGGUCAAGCAAGGAAAGUCUAAACAGAAAUUCUAAAUAAGAAGUCAAGCUAUAAGAGAUCAUCAAAGAGGUCUAAACAAGAAAUAUUCGGAUGUGUCACAGGGCCCAGCUUCAAACCAAAUUUUCUUCACAAAUAACAGCUCCAAUACCAUGAGCAAGAAAAUCAAAGUCAAGUCUAAGUCUCACAACGGACGCAAGAAAUCCAAGAAAAACCACCUCAACAACACUUUCAAAGACGCCGACAUGCUCGAAAACAUUUUGAGGAUGUCCAACCCUCACAAGUCGAACUCGAAGCUGAACCAGACACUUGCAUUUUACAGGCAUGGCGGACACAAGUCACAAGUCAAGUACAGCAACAGAGACUACCUCGACCAGAGUUCCAGGAGCAAGAAGAAAGGUCUCAACUACAUGAAGCAGAUGAUGAACAAGACCGUCUUGAUUCAGAACCAAGACUACAACAUCAUCAAGAACCCAGUGAUCGACUUCAACCCGGCUCAGAUCCAUCCGAAAGGACUUGUCAAGCACGACAUGUUGAAAGCGAAGUCCAAGGACCGCAACCAGUACUUCGACAUCAAGACGUACGAGAAGAACGUGCACACGACUUUCAUCCAGAACUACCCCAAGGAGCACUACUCCAUCGGUGGAGGGCCUGCUGUCGGAGAAGCCUCGGACCGUCUGUCGCAGAAGAGAGCCACUUCACACGAAGGUAGGGCUAAGUGAGGCUCAGCGCAAUCCAAAGUUCCCAACAGCACAGACGAUAGAAGCUCCACGUUCAUCUCAAAUGCUUUUCCUAAAACAUAAAGAUCUGUGCUGCCUCCAAAGUAAAGAUAGAGGUAGAAGAAAC